CUUUCCCACACUGGGAUUCAGCACUGGCAAGUCUUACUGUCAGUGAAGUGGGGUCCCGCUUUUCUACGUGCCUUUUUGGAUAUCUCUGUCGUAAAGAUGUCUCACCACAUGAACAGCUCCAUGUCAACCAUGCAUCCUCCUGAACAUCACCAGUCAGUGGCAGCCCCAGGACAUGGUCAUGGAUCUGACAUGAUGAUGAUGGCAAUGACUUUCUACUUCAGCUAUGAGAAUGUGCCAUUGCUGUUUUCUGGACUUACAAUCAAUACUCCUGGAGAAAUGGCUGGUGCUUUUGUGGCUGUCUUCUUCCUGGCCGUGUUUUAUGAAGGCCUUAAGAUUGCCCGAGAGUGUCUGCUCCGUAAAUCCCAAGUCAGCAUUCGCUACAACUCCAUGCCAGUGCCAGGUCCCAAUGGCACUAUCUUGAUGGAGACGCACAAAACUGUUGGACAGCAGAUGCUGAGCUUCCCUCACCUCCUGCAGACUGUACUGCACAUCAUUCAAGUCGUGGUCAGUUACUUCCUCAUGCUGAUCUUCAUGACGUACAACGGAUACCUCUGUAUAGCUGUGGCGGCAGGGGCAGGGACGGGCUAUUUCUUCUUCAGCUGGAAAAAGGCAGUUGUUGUGGAUAUCACAGAGCACUGCCAUUAACACCGGUUGCUGCCCAGAAGCCUCUCCACCCCACUGCUCUCUUGAAGUGCAGCCAUCACGAGGACUGGAUCAUUCCUAAGCUGAAAGAGAAACAAUUUAAAGAAAAUCAACUGGAAUUCACCGCAAGUUUCUAGCUGGGGUGUAGGGAUGUGAGGAGCUGGGGUAUGCUGCUCCCCCUUGCUGCAGGCUGGCAGCAGGGUUGACUCUUGAGGGUCCCAUGGUAGCCAUUCUUGGCUGGGGUUUGCUUUAUUCUUAGAUUAUGCCGUGAUUGAAAUUAGUUGGCUGACAGAAAUGUAGAAAUUAUUCUUUAAAAAACAAAAAAAUUUAUUUUUAAAUUGUAAAUGCUCAUCUGUGAGGGUUUUAUGAACAGUAGGUAAAGAUCAAAGUUGCCAAUGGAGCCUACGUGUGCGAAUGGCUAUUUUAAUUUUACUUUUUUUCAAUAUGUACAUAAUGCCAGGGGAGGAGAUCUCCCUGGCAUUGUGGCUUUUGGGGCCAAUGACACCUUCUGAUGCAGAAGGACUGAGCCUCUGAGGAAGAUUUGGUGCUGCACAUCGGACAUGCUCAGGUGUGUCCUGGCAAGGGAGUACUUUGACAUAAGUGUGUGACCCAUGUGCUUCAGGGGGUCUGGCGGAGUCUGUCCUCCAGGCCCAUGAGAGUGUGGUGAGUGGUGUUAAUCUUCUGAUGUAUCCAGCAGCUUUACUCAGCUUCAAGUGAUUAUAUUUGGGUUUGGCUGCUUUCACUUCCCAAUCAUGGAAAUAUACAGCGUAGACGCAGGACAACAAUUGCAUAUUGACAGGGCAAAAAGAUUUUAAAUAAACCAUUGAACCCGCAUUUACUUCAUCUUGAAUUGCACCUGGAUGGGUCUAGAGUUAGACUUUUGGUUUACUAAAACUAGUUCUGUAAACGAGGCAAGAGCUAAAUAAUGAUUUCGUGACACUAAAGCUUAAAAUGUCUGAAGAGGGCAUUCCUUGAUUGAGAUGAAGGAAGUAAACCAACCGUGUUCCUGUAAAGGAGAGAUUUGGGGAAGAGCAGAAAGAAAAGAUAGGACUCCAGCAGCCUUUGGUCUCUUCUCAGGUGAAAUUUGGAGCAGCUUGGGCUGAUUAAAAAGUAUUCCUGACCCAGAUGACUCCUCUUUGUCUUAAUAAUCAUGCUGUGACCAUGUUAGCUUGAAGGUACAAGAGUUAUGGGUGCCAGUGGUGGACAAGUGUUGUAGCGCAGUAAAGAACUUCCCGUUCAGUGCUGUGAGCUCUACAUGUUCCACAGGCAAGACAGGCUGUGACACAGGCAACAACAGCUUCCUGCGUGCGUGAUGCCCAGAACAUGCUUUGGGUUUUCUAGGGAGCAGCUUUGGUUUAGCACUUCGUUAUUAAACUGCUUCUUGUUGUAAGGAGUGUUGUGCAGAGUAUGGUGCAAAGCUGGAGUCUUCAUUCUACUCAGGAUGCCCAGUUUGUGCCUGUAACUGGCUGAAAGGGAAGACGGUGGGAUUUUCAGAAGGGCGCUGAAAAACAGGCACCACUUUCAGACUGGGACUGAUGUCUGGGAUGUGCCAUGAGAACAGGGAAUCCUUUUGAGAUGAAAGUAUCUGGGCACACGCAGUAGCAUUUUUUUUUCUCCAGAGAUGCUACUAGUCACACUGUUAGCAGUAGCUGUGUAAGGAAGGCUGAUCUUUGUGAAGAGGAAUUACCUUUCUUUAGCCCGCAAGCCUUACAGGGCGAGGCCCAUCCCUGUGUAUGUGGGUUCUUCACUGUGCUGAUGCUACUACAUCAGCACAGAGCCCACCCUCGCCCUACCACCCGCUUUGAAAGGCAGCAGGAAAUCUGUUACUGCCGCUACCAGGAUCUUGAAUUGCGCCACCUAAAGUCAACUGUCCUGGGUUGACGCCAGCUAUUUAUUUGGACAUCUUGUUUUCUUUGGGCAGUGCAAAUACAGAAUAAAAGGAGAUGAGUUAAAAGCAGGCUUAGGUUUCUAAAGAGCUGCUUUCUGUAGCAAGUUUGCAUCUGGGUGAAAGAGGCAAAGUUAUUUUAAUGGAAAAAUUCUAGCCACCUCCUGAUGAGAGACAGGAGAAGCUCUUCCCCGGUCUGAUCUUUGAAGGGAGUUAUGUCUGUAACAGACUGCAGAAGGACAUACUGAUGCCCUCUCUCUGCAUCUGUCACGAAGGUAAAAAUCUUCUGUGCCCUCUAAGCAGUCAUGCCUCUCUGUGAGAGUGGAAAACAGACCCUUCCAAUCCCUGUGAGAGCGCUGUGAGGAAAUCUUAGUGUUUGUCAGAGAAAAUUGAAGCAGUUAAGUGCUGGAGAUGGUUGUUUAUGUUUUGAAAGGUUUACCCUGCAGGGGCUUGAUCCCUGGAGUUCAGAGCUGACGUUGCCAACACUGCUCUGAUCGGUUCCUCUUGAACGAGCUAGAGUUGUUGCCGUUACAGGGAUGUCUGGUUAAAGGGUAUAGUCACGAGUGGCUUUGCGUGAUGACACUAGUUACUUCAUAUACAUCUUGCUGUGUCUUUCUCUAAAACAGAACCUGUGCUCUGCCUGAUCUUUUUGCUAUCACCUUCUAGCUACCUUUCCUUGUAUUCAAGUGACCAGACUUGAAUUCUUGGAGACUAGGCAAUAGGUGUGGCUUUUACAAUAGAAACUUGGUUCUCUUGUUAGCUUUUCUGCCUCAUUCUACAUGUAGCAUCUGUGCCCUUGAAAUUGUUCCGCCCCAAGGAUGAGUACCUCUGUCUUCAAAGGGUCAUCUCCUGCCCAUGCUCACCCAAGGGAGGGUGCACAGCUUUCUCCAGUGUGCAGAGAGGGAAGCGAUGCUGACCUAGCAGUCAUCGCUUGGGGAGCAGGAACCUGGGCAGAAGUCUCCCAAGUGUCUAGCACGCGCCCCAGCUACCUUCCAGCAGCCUGCAAGACUGACGGUUUGAGCGCUGGGCAGUACCCGAGUGAGAAAUGGGAGCCCAGGCUGGGCUUUGGGGAGAGGUGCGCAAGGGAAGGUGGUUAAGGAGAGAAGAUGGAGGGCUCUGUCCUCUCUGCUUCUGAGCUCGCUGAUACAGCGAGGCACAGCCGAGAAAGGGACGUUUCCAGUCCGUGUCUCCCUGCCGGCUUUGGCCAUGCUUUCUUUUGGUUCGAUGUUGACAACCCAGAGAAGCCACCUCCCCGCCGUGUCCCAGCCUCCCCCUGCUCCACCACAUGCCACCGGCUGCCGUGUUCUUGGCCCAGGUUGCUGUUUCCUUUGCCAGAGUCUGAGCAAAACCUGGCCUCCCUGCUGAUGACUUCUACUGACUGCUUUUGGUGCAGUCCCAGCCUUUCUGCUGGCUGUAUUUAAAGUUGUCCUGAUAACACUAAACUCGCAUUAAGUAGUGCUUGGAGGGAGGCGAGGACUCUAAUGAUUAUGAGACUUGAGUAAAUUAAAUUCGUAUGUCAACACACAUGUAGCAUGCUUGGAAUGUGAUGUCCUGCGUCUGUCUUUGUACCCUGAUGUUUGGUCUCCACACGCCGUGCCUCUGGAUUAUCAUCUUGGAAGAAGUGCACAAAGUAUCCGCGCGGUGUUCGUCAGCUGGCUUUUGUUGUUUUUCUUUGAGUGCCUUUUCACUUUGUCUGGAGCCAGUCCCACCAAAUCCAGCAGGAUUUCUAGUUUUGUUUACAGUGGACUGUCAUUUUUGGCUUUACUCUUGCUCUUUGUGGAGGUAACUUGUCUAAUAUUACUGUGAAUAUCAAGAAUCUCCUGUAUAUAAUUAAUCAAUAAAAUAGAUU